AUGUCUACGUCGGGGGAAUUUGGUAAUCCUCUACGCAAGUUUAAACUCGUGUUUCUUGGAGAACAGAGUGUGGGAAAAACGUCGCUCAUCACUAGAUUCAUGUAUGAUAGCUUUGACAACACUUACCAGGCGACAAUUGGUAUCGACUUCCUUUCGAAGACUAUGUACUUAGAAGACCGUACAGUGAGACUACAGCUGUGGGACACGGCUGGGCAGGAGCGAUUCCGCUCUCUCAUUCCUUCUUACAUCAGGGACUCAACUGUUGCUGUUGUUGUUUAUGAUAUAACAAAUGCCAACUCAUUCCACCAAACGUCGAAAUGGAUCGACGAUGUACGCACCGAGCGCGGCUCGGACGUGAUCAUCAUGCUGGUGGGCAACAAGACGGACCUGUCGGACAAGCGGCAGGUGUCCACCGAGGACGGCGACCGCAAGGCCAAGGAGCUCAACGUGAUGUUCAUAGAGACCAGCGCUAAGGCUGGAUAUAAUGUCAAACAGUUAUUCCGACGAGUGGCGGCCGCGCUGCCCGGCAUGGACUCCGCCGAAAGCAAGCCGCCGGAAGACAUGCACGAGGUGAUCCUGCGGCAGGCGCCCGGCGACAGCAAGGAGCCCGACAGCAGCUGUGCCUGUCAAUUACAGCGCCAUCUAUUGGGUCCAGAUUUUGUAAUGAUUCAACAGCCGUGGACCUGCAGACCCAGUCCCCCAUGGGCUCCGAGCAGGAGGGCAACGAGAGCGGCUGCGUCUGCUGAGCGCGACACCGCCGUACCGCCCGCCCCCGCCCUCGCCACGCUCCCGCCCCCGCCCCGGCCUCGCAUCGCUUCACGGAGCUACACGCACCGGAUCAUUUCGCCUGGCAUCAUUCAAAUC